AAUCGAGAUACUUCCAUACACAUCGAAUAUCGCCAACACCAUCUGGUCGUGUGACAUCAUCCCCGUCAGGUGCCCUCCGCAUUGCCGAUCACGUUCAGCCGCUGCCACGAGAGAUGACUCCAAUCGCCGAGCCAUAUCCAUUGUUUGCCGUCAUCUCCGCAAUCGAUCUUGACGGUCCCAACUUUCCCGUGCCUUAGUAGUCAGGUGCAGACGUUGGAUGUCAUCGUGGUGGUUCAGCGGUGAUCCGCUUCGCCUCGGAGAAACCAAGACUCCCGGCCACCGCAUCGCCGACCUCCGCGUCGGGAACAGCUCCAUCCAUACCGUUGCGUCUCCAUCUUCAUCUUCAUCUAUCUCCCUUGGAGCACCAAGCUCCUUUGCACACCACUAUAGACGACUACUACUGCACGCCGCGGGACUCAAAUUAGCGAUAACUUCCUGCUUCAUUAUUUUCUACCACUCAUACCCACCAACUGUCGAGCUGAGCUCCGGUCAUCACCUAUCUGUUUAUCAGCUUCAUCACUUCCCCCCGACCAAUCCAGUCCCUCCGCAUCAGCAACACACAAUCCAGCUGUCACCAUGCGAAUACCAACCGGCCUCUCGACCCUCCUCUUCUCAUCCGCCCUCCUCCCCAGCCUAGCCUCCGCGUCCGGCGGCUUCGACUGUCACAACAUCAUCGUCGACAGCUACAAGUAUGACCUCAGCACUCUCGGCGGCGUACACACGCUCUACCACGUCGACGAAACAGAAGACUACGUCGUCAACACAACCUACGUGCUCAACAUCUGCAACAUUCUCAAGGGCGCUGCCCACCGCGGCCACUUGAAAUGCCCGACAUCCAAGAACAUCUGCGGCUUCCAAUACAAAACCGCCCUAGACAGCCACAAGGAAGAAAGCACCGUCUUCCCGAUCGUCGGCCUCGACCACCUCGGCCACGGUACCAAAGAUGCCGAAAUCACGCGCCUGAAGAAGCUCGAUUCUGAACAGGAAGGUCUCCUCGUUAAACUCGCCGGAGGCGAAUACUUCGACGAAGAACAACAGAAGAAGAAGAACGCCGGCGCCGUGAUCGAGUUCCAGUGCGAUCCCGACCGGUCGGGACUAGAGGGGUUGCAGACGACCGAAGACACGGAGGAGGAGCGCCGUCGGCGGUGGCAGCUGAGUCAACGCGCAGACGAGACUAACGGCGACAAUGAGAAUAAUGACAACGGCACUAUCCCCGAGGGCGGACGCAGUUUGCAGUUUAAGAGUUUCGGGCCCGCGGAUGAUGAUACCUACGUGUUGAAGUUGAAUUGGAGGACACGGUACGCGUGCGAUGAUUACAAGGAUGAGCCCGGCGAGAAGAAUCCUGGUGAAGGUGAUGGGUCGAGUCAUUGGGGAUUCUUUACUUGGUUGAUUAUCAUUCUAUUCCUCUGCAUCGCAGCAUACCUCAUCUUCGGCUCCUGGCUCAACUACAACCGCUACGGCGCCCGCGGGUGGGAUCUUCUCCCGCACGGCGACACGAUCCGCGAUAUUCCCUAUCUCUUCCAGGAUUGGUUACGGCGGGUGGUCAACACGCUACAAGGGUCGGGAUCUAGAGGGGGAUAUAGUGCUGUUUAGGGGGGCUAGAGUUUGAUUGAUUGAUUGCUUGCUUUUUGCUCCUUUGCAAUUUUGUUAUGUUGUCUGCUUGUUGGUUGGAUGAGAUGAGAUGAGAUGAGUGGAGAGGAGAUGAGGUUGUUGCUGGCAUUGAGGACGAGGAUUUGAUGAUGACGAUGAUGGUUUCAUUUUAUUGGGUGGGAUUAGGAUUAGGAAUAUGAUACGAUAAGAUAGUAUGUAUAAGGGAAUAUUACUAUGAGAGUGUGA